AUGGCAUCAAGUUUAUUUAAUAUAUCUACGUACAGCCGUUUUAAUUUAUCAGAUAGUGAGUCAGAUAUAACGGUGUUUGUCAAAGAAUAUGGCUAUCGCAUUAAAAAGCAACUCGACCAUGAGCAAAUCGGUGGUAGAUCUUCGUUCACUUCCUUCGUCGAGAAGAACAUUAAGCCACCCAACCUUACAUGGGUUGAUGACAAUUAUAACAAAUUCAUGAGAGAUACCCCAAACGAAUGCUUGACGAGCCUGAGUUAUUUGUCCGAGUAUGGGUUUAUUACAUCGAUGGAGUAUACGCCGGAUGGUGAGGGGAUUGUCGUUGGACAUUCUUCUGGACUUAUUCAGAUGCGGCACGGCAGCACUGGCGCCGUGCUUUGUACGCUCCGAAACAUUCAGUUCCCGCCAAAGCCUGUGUACGCGAUUGAAUACAGCCGCGUGGAAGAACGCGUUUGCUAUGCUGCAUGCACAGAUGGCGCUGUUUAUAGAAUUGAGAUUCCUAAUCUCGUGGCAUCCACAGAAGAUCCGCCGCAAUAUUGUAUUCGAGCGGACCCCGCUCUCGAGUAUUUAAAUACACAGUAUUACGGUGCACCUGGUAUUUCUUCCUCCGCUGUACCUUUUAUUACACAGAGAUCGCCAGCGCUGUCUUUGGGGUUAUGUGCUGACGAAGCAAAGCUUAUUGUCGGUUACGCUGAUGGAUCAAUAAAAGUAUACGACAUGGAGACUCAAGAGGCGGAAACAACGUACAAAGUGCAUAAGCUGCGUUUACAGUUCAUACCAAAGAAACUGCAACGCAUGCACUAUGGUCAAGUGUGUGCGUUGCGAUGCCACGAGGAGAGACCGUGUGUCUUUGCUAGUUCAGCGUGGGAUAAGACGUUGAGAAUUUGGGACACUAGAUGCCAAGUUGGCUGCGUAACGACAUUCGAAGGAGUUGAUGUGUGCAGCGAUAGCAUUGAUUUGAAUAGGGAUCACUGCAUAGUUGGCAGCUGGCAGCCGACUGAAGCUCUCACAGUAUGGGACAUCGUGGCAAAGAAACGGCUCAACAUAAUCCGAGUGCAGAACCGAAGGCCAGAUAUCGAUGGUGAAUACAUUUACGCCUGUCGGUAUUGGAGGUCCAUGCAGUACAAUCGCAAGGGUAAAUACGGUAUUAUUGGUGGCAGUGGAACCAACUGUGUCGAAGUAAUCAACCUUCACAAUCGAUACAUCACUUGUUCCUACCCAGCUGCCGGUUCAAUAUUAGCUGUAACUAGCUUCGAGGAACGAAUUGCAUUCGGCGGAACCGCCCCUGUCUUGAACAUUGUCACAUUCCACGAUCCAAAACACGAGAAAAAUAAGACUGAGGCUGAAGAAGAAUAUGAGUAUACGAAAACUGAACGAUGGUUUCCUGAUACAGAUUCUGAUACAACUGAAUGUAUGCCGAACGUUGAUCCAUCUACCAUUAGUCGCCCUGCGAUAUCAACUACUAGUCAGCAUAUUGUGUGA